CCACUCCUUUCAUUUCACACUUAAAGUCUCUCCUCUCUUUCUCUCUCUACCCCUCUCUCUUUCUCUUUCUCCCCUUUUCUCAAUUUUGAUAUUUUCUGUCUCCAGUUUUUAAAAAUUUAGAUUCCGUCCACUUUCUGUCUCCGACUCUCCGAUCCCAACUCCCCUUGUUUCCGUACAAUUUUAAGGUCUUUUUACCUCCAUCAAUUUUUUACCGUGAAAUUUUACCUUUUGACUGUUUUUUUAUUUUAUUUAUAUAUAUAUUUUUUAUCCGAAUAAUAAUCUUUUUUAUAUUUAAAAAAAAAAGUUUUGGAAGGGGUAGAAGAGAGGUCGUUUCGCAAUUUUAUAUUUAUUAUAAAUUUUAUUUUAUCAGAUAUUAUAAUAUUUUUGGUUGCUGACGUGGCAUGCACCAAAGAAGGCGCAAGAAUGAACACAAAAACGAUGCGCCUUCCUCCUCGUCGGCUAGUGACACCUGCCAAGCGCAAAGAGAAAGACGAUUUUGACCUCGAGCCGUUCAAAGCGUCGAAGCCAUCCAAGCCGGUUACUCCGCAAGCCGGUUCAGAAAAAGCCGUUGCUGCUCAGCUUGAUUCGUCUAAUCAACUUCUAGCCGGGUACUUGGCGCACGAGUACAUCACCAAGGGAACUCUCUUUGGGCAACCGUACGACCCGGCUCAGUCCCAAGCCGCCCCGGUGCAGGGUACGGAGUCGAGGAAGCUGAAGUCGGACGACAGAUCUGAAGGCGAGGUGCAAAAAUACGUGGAAGUAGCAAAUUUGUUGAAAACGGAUGGGGCCCACAUACCCGGCAUCGUCAACCCUACCCAACUUGCCCGUUUCCUGAAGAUAUGAGGCCGUUACUGCUACGUGGACGCAUCUCAUCGGCUCAGAAAAGUGGUCCACUCGGGAACUACACGGCGGAAGCCAAGAAAAAAAAAAAGGAAAAAAUUUCCUUUUUCCGAUACCAUUAUCUGGAGGAAGCAAAAACGGGGAGUGUCCUUAGCACAUUCUCCAUUUUUGGCUAUUUCCAUCGGGGAGAUGAAGAGCUGAUAUGGGGUUUUUAUUUUUAUUUUUAUUUUUUGAAAGAAAAUUUGUCUGCUUAGAUCAUGCAUGUUAUGCAUGUACAUUUGAUGUCAUGUCAGUAAUAAUGUGAAUGAGAAUUU